AUGCAUGUUGCCGACGCCAACGGAUACAGAGCUCUCCGGAUUGAAAGCUUUAAAGGCGUAUUCACCGGGCCAAAACCUGUCAAUGCAUUAGAACUAGAAUACGGCGUGGUAAUUCUCAUUGGAGGCUGGAUUGUCGUCUUGCCAAGGACACGGCCACCCCCUAACCGUAGAUGUACUAUUCUCAUGGCUGACUUGGAGGAAGCAGAACGUCGGAGUAGAUCAAACAUGUCCUGGCUUCUUCGGGCCCGGCAGGAGUACAAGUCCAACACUGCUCCUCCUAUAAAGCUUCUCGACCGCACUUACAACGUGGACAUGCUUCCCGCUCUGGUCGGCACGCUGUCCGCGUUGCACGAGUUCAACAAGGCAGUGACCGGCGAGCAGCCGCAGUCUACAAAAGUCUUUCUGGAGACAAAGCCGCGGCCGCCGGCGGCCGCGGCACGCUUCGGGGGACGCGCUGUUUGGCCUCUUAUCAGAUCAGGGGUGGACGGAGUUACACAGGCAGACGUUGCCACUGCCCGUUCUUGCUGA